AUCUUCAACAGCUGAUUACUUUCAUUUUACUGUCACCAUGACAUUUUCCAGUAUUUUCCAUUGCAAUAUAAGAGCUUCCAGAAAUUCUAUUAUUCUCCCGUUAUUCAAUCACCCUCAAAUGCAAUAAAGCCCGGAACAUGAGCGAGGAAGUCACCAAAUCUAAGCCUGAACUGCCUUUUAAACAUGACUGGUACCAAACAGAUAGCGCAGUAGUGAUCACCAUUUUAGUAAAAAAUAUCAAAGAGGACCAGCUAAAGGUAGAUUUUAAGAAUACUCAAGUUCAAGUGCACAUCAUUGUACCCGAGUAUGAAGAAUGCCAUAAAAGUUACAAUCUGUCUCAUAAAAUUGUGCCUGAGCAAAGCACUUACAAGCUAACUCCAUCAAAAAUUGAAAUUAAAUUGAAUAAAGUUGAUGGUAUUAGAUGGGACAAACUCGAGGGAACAGUUACAGAGGAAACUAUUAAAAUUAUACCUCAAGCAUCUAAUUCUGAAUUAGGUCAUCCACCGUCAUAUCCGACAUCAAAAAAAGGCAAAGACUGGAAUCAGGUAGAAAAGGAAAUAAAAAAACAAGAAGAAGAGGAAAAACCAGAAGGAGAGGAAGCUUUAAAUAAACUUUUCCAGGAAAUUUAUGGCAAAGGCAGUGAUGAAGUUAGAAAAGCGAUGAAUAAAAGUUUUAUGGAAAGUGGUGGUACUGUGUUAAGCACAAACUGGAAAGAAGUGGCCGAGAAGAAGGUGGAGGUCAAACCCCCCGAUGGGAUGGAGUUUAAAAAGUGGGAUAGUUAACUUCAUUUAAUAAUAAAAGCUUUUUGUACUAAUUUUUUUUUUAAUUUGCAAGUGUUUUUUACUAAAAUAUAAUUCUUAACAUUAA